AUGGCCGACUUCCAGAGCAUCGCCCAGCAGUUCGUGCAAUUCUACUAUCAGACCUUUGAUAGCAACAGACAAUCUCUGGCUGGUCUUUACCGUGACCAGUCGAUGCUCACCUUCGAGACCUCCUCGGUCCAGGGCGUCGCCGGCAUCAUCGAGAAGCUGACGGCCCUUCCCUUCCAGAAGGUCCAGCACCAGAUCGCGACUUUCGAUGCUCAGCCUUCGAACGAGCAGGGUGGUAUCUUCGUUAUGGUGACCGGCGGUCUCCUUGUUGAUGAGGAGCAGAAGCCCAUGAGCUAUGCUCAGACCUUCCAGCUUCUCCCUGACGGCCAGGGCAGCUACUUCGUCCUGAACGACAUGUUCCGACUGAUCUACCCCUCCGCGUAA